AUGCGUCCCGUUGCUUGUUCAGCGCUUCGUUUGUGCGUCCGCUCCCCGUGCCGACCUGGGGCAUUUGCCGUACAGAGAAGGGGCUUCGCCUCGAAACCCGACCAAGCCCCCGAGAUCUACGAUGUUGUUUGUGUCGGAGGAGGCCCUGCAGGUCUGGGGUUAUUGGCGGCGCUGCGGGCAUCGCCUGCGACCUCGAAACUCCGGGUAGCCCUCGUCGAAACCCAGGACCUCCGCAAGGCCCGCGCGUGGAAUUCCGCACCGCACGAGUUCUCCAACCGGGUUAGCAGCUUGACACCAUCGUCUGUGUCUUUCCUGCAGCGGAUUGGUGCGUGGGACUACUUGGAUGCCACCCGCGCACAGAACUAUCAGGAAAUGAAGGUGUGGGAUGGCGAAACAGGGUCGCGGUUAUCGUUCGAUUGGUCGAUGGAGACAUCGCCGUUUGAAGAUCUCCGCACUGUUGCGACGAUGACAGAGAACGCUAACCUGGUCCGUUCGCUACUCUCGCGGAUCGAGGCGUCUGGGGACGAGAACCUGUCCAUCUUCGCCAAUUCGACCGUCUCGUCCAUCGAAAACGGUACAAACUACCAUCCCGAUGGGCCUAAUCUGUCGGCUUGGCCCGUCCUCUCCAUCUCCCCAACCCAACAGCAACAGCAGCAACAGCAGCAAAAGCCAUCACGGAUUGCGGCCAGACUUCUUGUGGGCGCAGAUGGCAUCAACAGCCCUGUCCGUCGCUUCGCAGAUAUCAACACGGAUGGUUGGGACUACGGCCGACAGGGCGUGGUUGCAACGUUAGCCCUGUCAGACCCAGCCCCUGCUCCAUUCCCACUGGGCACGAGAACGGCAUUCCAACGUUUCCUGCCGUCACUUGGAGGCCCAAUUGCCCUUCUACCGCUGCCAAACAACCACGCAACGCUGGUGUGGUCAACCACCCCCGAAAACGCAGCGUACCUCAAGUCCCUCGCCCCCAAGGCCUUCAUCGCCAUGGUAAACGCCGCCUUCCGUCUCGAAAUGGCAGACCUGAAAUACAUGAUGCGCAUGGAGCGCCCACCCUCCACCUCUGUCGCAGACACAGAGAACCUGCACGAGAGCGAACUCGUCUGGCGUCUCCAGCACACCCCGCUUCCAUCCCACAUCCCUCCUAUGGCCACAGGCGUCCAAGAAGGCAGCAUCGCGUCUUUCCCGCUCCGCUUCCGUCACGCCUCCACCUACGUGUCGCCGCGGGUUGCGCUGGUUGGUGAUGCAGCGCACGUCGUGCACCCGUUGGCCGGCCAGGGUCUCAACCUCGGUCUUGGCGAUGUGGCGUCAUUGUCGAAUACCAUUGAAUACGCGGUUACCCACGGCAUGGACAUGGGUGAUAUCCUCACGCUGGAGCGGUAUAGCGCGGAGAGGUACGGUAUUAACGCUAAGAUUGGGGGCGUGUGUGAUAUGCUGCAUAAAUUGUAUAAUGUGCCGGGACAAGGACCUGUCACUUGGGCUCGUAGCCUCGGCGUAGAGGCUAUUGAGCGGUUGCCCUUCGUUAAGGCGUUCUUGAUGCGCAACGCAGAGAGUUGA